GAUUGCAAAAUAUGGUCAUAACAAAACUAUUGUUAUUUGUGGCGUCUGUCUGCAUUUGCUCAGCUGCUGGGCAUGAAUUCUUCUCAUCAACUGAUCAAGUGAUUCCGCUUGUGGAGGAGGAGAGAACCCUUCUGAAGCUCACCCAUGAUAUCCUUGCUGAAGCUGAGAAUUUAGAGAGCAUUCUUGAAAUUCUAAAGCUCUUUGAGGACCCUGCAGAAACCAUAAAUGACCCUGCUGCAGCUUACAAACUCAUCAAACGACUGCGAUCUGAAUGGUUUGCUAUAACCUCCAGGAGGCAGAGGAUGCUGUCCUGUAGAUACAGCACAGAAGGAGGAAACCCCAGACUGAUUUUAGCACCACUGAAAGAGGAGAUCGAAUGGGAUGAGCCCCGAAUCGUCAGAUAUCAUGACAUGAUAUCAGACAAAGAGAUCGAGAUCUUGAAGAAUCUCUCUAGACCUUACAUGACUAGGUCUCAGACUGGUUCAGGCACAGUCUCGAAUAUCCGUAUUUCUCAAAGUGUGUUUCUGACAGAAGACAACAUUGUGGUUGUUCAGGUCAAUCAGAGGAUUGCAGACGCUACAGGACUGUCUAUGGAAACCGCUGAACAUCUAAAUGUUCAGAAUUAUGGGACUGGAGGCAGAUAUGAACCACAUUAUGAUGCAUUAGAUGAACAGGAUGAUAGAAUUGGUACAUUUCUAAUAUAUAUGAAUGAUGUGGAGAUAGGGGGCGCCACUGUGUUUCCUAAAGCUGGAGUUGCACUCCAACCCAAAAAGGGUUCAGCUGUGUUUUGGUAUAACCUUCACAAGAAUGGUGAUGUGGAUUUGAGAACAGAGCAUGCUGGAUGCCCUGUCUUAAGGGGCAAUAAAUGGGUGGCUAACAAAUGGAUCCAUGAGUUUGGCCAAGAGUUUACAAGACCCUGUUCUUUAUCAAGAUGGGAGUAAAAAACACAUUACAUUGCAGGACCUGUAGCCC